GUGUAGGGUUGGAAACUUAAAUAAGAAAUGGUGUGAAGAAAGAGAGGGAGAGGGAGAGAUGGAAAAUGAAGUGGAGAUGGGUGGGCCAGAGUCCCACGAUGAACAUCAAAUUGAGGAUUUGAAUCAACGGUUGGAACAGAUGAUGGAGGAGAAACCCAAGGCCCACAAUGACAUGCCUUCUGUACAAGAUCCUGCUGCUGCUGCUGCAGCUGCCGCACAGGCAAGCAGGGAGGAGGUAGAUUCUCGAUCGGUGUUUGUUGGUAAUGUGGAUUAUUCUUGUACCCCUGAAGAAGUGCAGCAGCAUUUCCAGGCAUGCGGGACAGUGAAUAGAGUCACUAUCCGAUCCAACAAGUAUGGCCAGCCAAAAGGUUAUGCUUACGUUGAAUUUAUUGAAACAGAGGCUGUUCAAGAGGCACUCCUCCUGAAUGAAUCUGAGCUACACGGCCGCCAGUUGAAGGUAUCAGCAAAGCGAACCAACGUCCCUGGGUUGAAGCAGUUUCGUCCACGACGAGUAGGCUUCCGCUCAAGGAGCGCACAUAUGCCUCCUUAUCUCUGCCCCUAUGGAUACGGGAAGGUUCCCAGGUUCAGGAUGCCCAUGCGGUACAACCCGUACUACUGAAGCUUCAGUUUUGGUCAUUAAGUUUGAUUAGUAGAUGAUAAAUGGAAUGGAUGUAUCCGAAAAAUCUCCUCUCCAUCCAUCUUUCUUCGUCUGGAUGAUCAUCGUUUGGGGGAGACCAGUUUGAUGGAUAUUAAUGGUUAGGCUGAAUUAAACUUUGAGAUCUGGGUAUGUAGUUGAGAUUGAUGGUGAAACAGUGUAGUUAUGUUGCAUUCUAAUCUACCUUCAUGUUUGAUGCUUCCUUUGAAGUGUUCACUUUGUACAAAUGACUCUAUUGUGGGGAAAGCAGCUUCCUUUUUUAUCUU